UCAUGGUGCAGGUUUGAAUGAAACAUUGCCUUUUGGCCUGAAGUUUUAUGGCUCUUGCAUUACUGCAAUCUUAGUCACUGAGUAAAAUUCUUGACUGAUUGAAUUGACAUGAGUAGCAGGUUGCGGAAGUGGUAGAGACUGGAUUUGGUCUACCUGACAUUCAGAUAUUCAAUGUGUCAUUUCUAUUACGGAACCAAGUAUGUUGGAUCAGGGUUGUUCGCUCUGUGAUGUAACUUGUCGAAAUGGUAGAGUGGUGCCACUGGUUGGUGACACCUGUUUGGCUGAUCAGCAACUCCUGUGUGUUGUGGUCAAUGUAACAAACGGUACGAACAACACAUCCAGCGUCACCAUGGGCCAGGACAGAGGGAAGUAUGAUUUCUACAUCGGCCUGGGACUAGCCAUCAGCUCCAGCAUCUUUAUAGGCGGAAGCUUCAUCCUCAAGAAGAAAGGACUUCUCCGACUGGCCAGGAAGGGACAGUGUAGGGCAGGACAAGGUGGACACGCGUAUCUUAAAGAAUGUCUCUGGUGGGCCGGAUUAUUAUCAAUGGCGGCUGGAGAAGGGGCUAACUUUGCAGCGUAUGCCUUUGCUCCUGCUACUCUCGUCACCCCUCUGGGGGCCCUCAGCGUGCUGGUUAGUGCGGUGCUGUCGUCGUACUUCCUGACAGAGCGUCUGAACCUGCACGGGAAGCUGGGAUGUCUGCUCAGUAUCUUGGGUUCUACUACCAUGGUGAUCCACGCCCCUCAGGAGGAAGAGAUCAACAGCCUGGACCACAUGGCUCGGAAACUGGUGGACCCAGGUUUCCUGGUGUUUGCCACCUUCGUCAUCAUCGUAGCGCUCAUCUUCAUCCUGGUGGUUGGCCCUCGGCACGGCCAGACCAACAUCAUGGUGUAUAUUACCAUCUGCUCUGUGAUAGGAGCUCUGUCUGUGUCGUGUGUGAAAGGGUUGGGCAUCGCCAUCAAAGAAGCCAUAGCUGGGAGGCCCGUGGUGGGGAACCCUUUAGCCUGGGUGUUACUGCUCGGGCUGGUGGCCUGCGUCUCCACUCAGAUCAACUACCUGAACAAAGCUCUGGAUAUCUUCAACACCUCCCUGGUCACGCCUAUCUACUACGUGUUCUUCACCACCUCGGUCCUCUCCUGCUCGGCCAUCCUCUUCAAGGAGUGGGAGCACAUGGCCGCCGCUGACGUUAUCGGGACUCUGAGUGGAUUCCUGACCAUUAUAGUUGGUAUCUUUCUGCUCCAUGCCUUUAAGGACCUUAGUGUGAGCCUGUCCACGCUGGCUGUGUCCAUCAGGAAGGACGAGAGGCCCGGGCCGGCAGCUAACGGAGUGGCUACACACGGCGGCUACGAACUGCUGCACAACGACUCCACGGAGAUGGACCUGGAGGAGAGGGAGGGGUUUGUCUCAUUCCCUCUGGAUGUCUGACUACAUGGAGAAGACAGGGGUUCGUCUCAUUCCCUCUGGAUGUCUGACUACAUGGAGAAGACAGCUCUGGAUGUCUGACUACAUGGAGAAAACAGCUCUGGAUGUCUGACUACAUGGAGAAAACAGCUCUGGAUGUCUGACUACAUGGAGAAGACAGCUCUGGAUGUCUGACUACAUGGAGAAGACAGGGGUUCAUCUAAAUCCCUCUGGAUGUCUGACUACAUGGAGAAGACAGGGGUUCAUCUAAAUCCCUCUGGAUGUCUGACUACAUGGAGAAGACAGGGGUUCAUCUAAAUCCCUCUGGAUGUCUGACUACAUGGAGAAGACAGGGGUUCAUCUAAAUCCCUCUGGAUGUCUGACUACAUGGAGAAGACAGGGGUUCAUCUAAAUCCCUCUGGAUGUCUGACUACAUGGAGAAGACAGGGGUUCAUCUAAAUCCCUCUGGAUGUCUGACUACAUGGAGAAGACAGGGGUUCAUCUAAAUCCCUCUGGAUGUGUGACUACAUGGAGAAAACAUCUCUGGAUGUGUGACUACAUGGAGAAGAAGGUCUUCCUCUGAAGCUGGCAAUAUUCUCCUAUUCUGUAUUUAAACAUGCACAGAGUUUAGAACGUUUAGAACGUGAUACCUGAGGAGUUAUCGGAAAAUCACCAACUUUUUUUGUUGUAUCUUUUACAUAAAUGCCCUCAAGAACAAGCAGAUAUUUGUUACAUAUUUAUUGAAUGAAAAAAAAAAAAAUGAUUAAAAUAAUUCCAACACAAAA